AGAGGUGGAAAGAGGAAAAGGAAAAGAUAGAAACAGACGUUUGCAGAAGGAAAAUAAAAAGAGAAGAUGCAGUGAGUCACAGUCACACAAUACGGAGAAACUAACAGAGGCGCCACCGUUUCCGUUUUCAACAACCUCUACCCUAACGCCGUCGUACCGGCUUCUGCUUCGGCGGCGCUGCGCCGUGUGCCGCGUUUUAACUGAAAAACGGACGCGACGGACUCCAUUUCCGUAUAUGACCAGAGCUCGAUUAUUUUCCCUCUUUUAUCUCAGUUUAUAGUUUGCGAGAGGAAGUAGGGUUACGGUUUCUUGCUGGAAAUUGAGGCGGCUUUUGAGAUUUCAAUUGUGAUUUUCGGUUAUCAUGGGAUCAGCUUGUUGUGUUGCUGCAAAGGAUCCUAAUCUUCCUAACAGAACUAGAGGUGAAAGCUUGCGUAGGGAUGUUGUGUAUUCACCAUCGUGGAGCUUUCAAUGGGAUAGUAGGGAACGUGUUACUGGUGAAAUUGAGAAUCCUUCUUAUCACACAUCUCAUUUAGACAGUAGAAAUGUCAGCAUGGAGUUAAAAGGUUCAUUAAGCUCUGAAAGAGGUAAUCUGUCUGAUGGGGGAAGCAUCAUGGAGAACUCUGUGACUCCUAUUUCACUGAAGUCCCCUGUUGAUGAGGCGCUGGUUGCAAAUCUGAUGACCCCCUCGUCUGAUCUGUCCAUGUCAAGCAAUUUUUCUACAGUGGUGAAGAAUCCAGCGGAGUCUUCAAUACCAAAUCUUUCUUUUUCAAUACCUUCAGUCUUCUCAACGCCCACAGUAGAUCCUAUGCCUAAUCACAAUUAUAACCAUCUUCCCAACUCUACCCCAACAAGAUGGGCACAUCGAUCACCAGCACACCCUCUGUUGAGACAGAUUUCUGAUAGUCGAAUUAUGGGUCUGAAAUCACCGGACAACUCAAUUUCUGAAGGAAGGCCAUCCUUUGUACUCUCUACUUGCAGCAACGAAAUGGCUGCUGGAUCCCUAUGUGGAUCAUCUGAUGGAUGGUCAAUGCGAACCUUCUCUGAGAUGGUGGCAUCAUCCCAAAGGGAAAGGUGGUCUUUUGAUAGUGAGUGUUUUGGCUCUGGUCGUCACAAGAUAAGUGGAUCCAGUAGCAGGUUCUCAUAUUCUCCCUCCAUGGAACUGCAAUCUUGUGGGGCUUGCUCAAAGCUUUUGACUGAGAGAUCAACAUGGAGCAACCAAAAGUUUAUUGCCAGCAAUGACCUCUCGGUUGUUGCUGUGCUGGUCUGUGGUCAUGCAUAUCAUGCAGAAUGUUUAGAGGCCAUGACACCAGAGGCAGAUAGGUAUGAUCCAGCUUGUCCAAUUUGUAUGGUUGGAGAGAAGCACUUUUCAAAGUUGUCUAGAAAAGUUCUUCGGGCUGAAUCAGAGAUGAAGGCCAAGAACCACAAGAUAUCAAGAAACCGUGUGGUUGAUAGCUACCUUGAUGGUGGUUUUGAUGUUUUUGAUCGCCAAAAAGAUAUUGAUUUAGGAGGAAAAGUUUCAAAAAUGGAGCCAAGCUCCAGUGCGAGGAGCUCAUUUGGAAAGCCAUUCUUGAGGCGGCACUUUUCACUUGGAUCCAAGUGGAGCCGAUCCCUGUCCGAUAACGAUUCUGCCAGGAAGAAAGGCUUUUGGGCUAGAUAUCGGAAAGAUUGAGUUCCAUUUGCUAAAUUCCAGUGAGGUUGAUGUGGUUCAUAUGAACUGUAUGAAUAUAACGUCCCUUGGCAAUUGUGGCUGAGCCAAAGCAAAGACGACCACAGGGAAGCAGAGGAAAGAAUAGAUAUAUAUUUUUGUUUACGAAGAUUUCUGCUUCAUUCCAUUCUAUGGUAACAGUAAGAGGCAGACUGCUGCAGAUUUCUGCACUCGACAAAAUAAGGUUUAAAAGUGCAGCGCAGGAAACAUAAACUCCUGUAUUUAUAUUUCUAAUGAAUGAAUAUAACAUAACUUUGCUAAUUUAGUCAUAUGGAUAGAAGGAGAAUCCAAAGAAUGAUUUAUGAGACAGAAUCACUGAAUGUUGUAAUUGACUCAAAUCUUAUGCUUCCAAGACUGCUUUUUCUGUCGGUAAGCACUGCCAUACUGGGAAAAUGAAGAGCAGUGCACUCACAAGCAAUGCUGCGUACAAAAUCAUGGAUAUAUUGUAUUUAUACCCAGUUAUUGGUAUAGUUAUAUAAAAUAGGUUUUGGAUGUGCUAA